AAACAAAAGAAAGUCAAGAAUUGCAUGCUGUUUGAGCGAAUUCUCUUUUUUAGUUUUAUAAAUGGGCUUUUUAUGGGGAUCUGAAGUUUUUGUAUUUCUCAACCAAAGACCUGUGGGAAGGUGCAGCAGAAAUGCGGCAAUGGGUCUUUAUCAGUUCUUUCAUUUAUUUGUUUGGGAAAUUUCUGGUUUCUGAUCAUUCCUCAGCUGUGAUGAUCCCAAAGGAGUUGUUGAACGAAAGAUGAUAAGAGGAUCCAAGAUUGAUUUCUCUACAAAAAUGGAGGAUAAGCGUGUAAAACAAAGACCCCAGAACAAGGAAGAAAGGAAAGAAGUGGUCAGCAAGGGGUCUCAAGAAGUGUUAAAUUCGGCGUCAAAUGUCCAUCUUGCUGAAGUGGCUAGAGGAGCUCAGGAUUUGAACCGAGUAAUUGAGUCUUGGCCGGAAGGGAUUAGCUUUGACAGGAAGUCCAAAGAUAUUGCCAAAGACUUGUUGAAAGGUGCUCUUGAUUUGCAGGAGAGUCUAGUGAUGCUAGGGAAAUUGCAAGAGGCGUCACAAUUUAUGGCAAAGUUGAAGAAAACGUCAAAAGAGAAGUCUGGUAGAGUUGAGAGGGCUCCAAGGGACUGUUACGAUGAGCUCCGGGAGGUGAUAAGGGAGAGCUUUGGUAGACAGAACUUGUUGCCACCCACCAGUCAUCCUAUCCAAAGGGUGUCUUUUGAAAACAGAGAAUUGGACUUGUUUCCAGAUGUGCCCUCCACUAGCUCAAGCCAAUCUUCCAUUGGAAGGGCUAGUUUUCAUAGAAGUAAAACGGCUUUCGACGCUGAUCUCCCAUCUUCUAGCUCAAGCCAGUCUUCAGUGUUUCAGUCCCAAGAAAUGCCCUCUUUUAGCGGUUCUAUGCCGAAAGUUAAGGAGCAUAAGCCAAAGCGUCCAAAUUUGAUUGCCAAGCUUAUGGGUCUUGAAGAAUUUUCUCCGAACCCCCUUCAAUCGACUUUGCAGAGGGAUUUAGAGAAGGACAUGGUUUUCAAUCAAAGGAGACCCAUGUUUGAAAUGGAUUUGCCAAAGGCGAAGAAACCUCCUGUCGCCAAGAAGGUUGAUCCAAAAUGCAAAACUCUGGAAGAGAUCAUCGAAACCAUGCAAUUCAAAGGGCUGUUGAAGAGCAGCAAGUUUGUUGAUGGGCCAAAGCAUGAAACUUGCCAGCAAGAUGUUUCCGGUUCCCCUCUUAUUGUGAUCAUGAAGCCUCGCCAUUCUCCUGAAAAGCUUCUUCAGCCAGAAAGGAUGAACACAAGUACAUCUCCCUGUUACGAAGGCUCUUACACUAAAGAAAUUGUCAGGAAAACCAGAAAAGAAGAACUUUCGCCCAAUGUAAGUGACAGAGUUCUUGAUACUACACACUAUAGAAAUGUAAGGGCAGAAAAUAGUAAAAUAAAGAAGCCAAUUCAAGAAAAGGGAGCCAAGGAUCAAGGAGGAACAACUGCAAUUCCAAAUGAAAAUCCAACCAAGGUUCACGGAAGACUGUCUUCUGUUAAGACGGAGGCUUCUGGUCCCGGGAAGUCUAGGCAACAGAAUAAUAAAGAAAUUGUUGAGAAGAAGAUUGACAAGAAUCAGAAAGUUGAUCAUAAUUUGCAGAAAAAAGAAGGUAUGAAGAAUGUGAAAGCUAAUGAUGGAGCUAAAUCCCGCGACCAAACUAAACUCAGAAAAGCAGAGAUAGUGCCACCACAUGCAUCAGAGAAACAGAAUACACAGAAAAAAAGUAGAGCAUCAAAUCUUGCUUCAAAGACUGUCACUGCUACUGCAUCUCGUAACUCCAGAAGCAGGAAGAAUGUGAAAACAGACAAACCACUGGUACCAAAGCAGUUUAAGGAUAACGAGGAGAAGGAUGGGCAUAUAAAUCUUACAUCCAACAAGGAGGCUCAUAAAACUGGCAACAUAGUUGAAGCAAUCGAGGAUCUUCAAAUUCAGGAAGUUUGUGAUGUUAAUGAGAAUCCCAUCACCGAUGAUCAUAUCAGCACUUUCGGCAGCGAUGAGAGUCUUCCGUGUGAAUCGGCCAUGCCAAGUGUGAUCUGCGAGGGGAUUGGACAUUUGAGAAAUGAUGAAGAUCAUGGCAGGGAAACCGUUUCUUUCGAAACUUUGUAUUCAUUGAUUGAAAGAGAUCUUUUGGGCAAGGAGGUGGUGAAUGGAGGGUGGGAUUUGGGGUGGAGUAAAGGCUUUAGUUCAGAUGAAAUGAAUAGUAUAGUUGGUGACUUAGAGAAGCAUGUUUUUUAUGGUGUCAUUGAGGAUGCACUUGCAGGUUUUGCCUUUUAGUUUCUUGUGAAUGUGACACCCAAAGGUGUUGUUAUCUCCUUCCUUAUUUGAGAUGUCACAUCUUUAAUGCUAAAUAAGUAUUUAAAUUCCUAUGGCCCAUUAAGUUUGUUCAUCCUUUUUCCAUUUUUGUUUUUUUCAAUAAACAGAAUAAAAUACUUGUUCUGUU